AUGAAAUACUCUGUGAUUACAGCUUUCCUGGCCUUGCCACUGGCAUUGGCAGCCUCCCUCAAAUCCGUCGUCAUCACGUUUCCCAAAGGAACGCCUGAUUCAGUAAUCUCCGAGGCCAAACACUCCUUGGUGGCUUCAGGAGGUGUGAUCACUCAUGAAUACACUCUGAUCAACGGCUUUGCUGCCGAGGCUCCCGCCAGCGCGAUCCAGUCUCUCUCCACCCAGGACGCCAAAUACCACCCAGAAAUCGAAGAGGAUAAGGUGGUGAAUGCGAAUGGAGAGUAUGCUGCUGCAUUCUGA